AAAAGAAAUAGUUUGUAAUUUGUACUUAAAAGCGUAUAAUUUACGUAAAAUUGUUGUUUGUGUCUUCUAUAAUUCGGUCCUUUGCUGUUUAAAUGAGAAUUUAAAAAAUGUGAGUUGUGACAGUCGCAGUAGAAUUUUGCCCACUGACUGUGCAUUCCCAGCAUUCCCCGCUGCAGUAUUUGCGAUCAGCAGCAGACGACUGAAUCGAGUUGUUGUGUAUUUUAGUAUGUGGUGACGAGGCACCGUUUGUCAUGUUCUUGUUGUAAUUAAAUGGAUAUAUGUAAAUUAGUGAAAAAGAAAUGAAGAAGUUUACGUUCCAACGCGUGUUAGACGGUUUGCGGUCAUCUGUCAGCCAACAGCCUCGGCCAGAACAGGAGAUUGUUGAAACACUACGCCCGGAUAACUUCCAAGUUACUAAGACAUUCAGACAUGGGUUCCCGUACCAACCUACGGCGGUGGCGUUUGAUCCGGUGCAACACCUGCUGGCCAUCGGGACCAAAACUGGAUCACUCAGACUACUGGGACGGCCUGGUGUGGACUCGCACGUCCGCCACGAGACGGACGCUGCGGUUGUCCAGAUCGUGUUCCUGAUGAACGAAGGAGCCUUGGUCACCGCCACGGCCGAUGACAGUCUUCACCUUUGGAACUUCCGCCAGAAACGGCCCGAGGUCGUUCACUCACUCAAGUUCCAAAGGGAAAGGAUAACUUUCAUGCACCUCCCGCUGCAGAGCAAGUGGCUGUAUGUCGGGUCAGAGCGUGGCAACAUCCAUGUGGUCAACAUCGAGAGCUUUGUCCUCUCCGGCUACGUCAUCAACUGGAACAAGGCCAUCGAAGUAUGUCGAAAAACACAUCCCGGACCAGUAAUACAUCUCAGUGAUAACCCCUUAGAUCCAAGCAAACUACUGAUAGGUUACGAGUCUGGUCAGCUGGUGCUGUGGGACUUACGCACACGGACGGCAGAACUGCGGUGGCACAGUGCCGAGCCACUCAAGUCCGUCACCUGGCACCACGAGGGCAAACAGUUCAUGUGCUCACACACCGACGGAUCUCUCACCACUUGGAACGUACGCGCCAGUCCUAAACCUCUCAAUGUCUCCUUUCCCCACGCAAAAACGAAUAAAGAUGGAAAACUGGAAACCUGUAAACCUAUACAAAAAGUAGAAUGGAAAUCAUCAAGAUCGGGAGAGGCGUAUGUGAUAUUCUCGGGUGGCCUGACGUACGACAAGGCAGGCAGGACGCCGAGCAUAACAGUGAUUCACGGAAAGACGACCACAGUGCUGGAGAUGGAACACAAUGUGGUCGACUUUAUCACACUGUGCGAGAGCCCGUGGGUUAGUGAUAUGCAAGAGCCGUAUGCAAUAGUCGUUUUACUUCACAAUGACCUGGUCGUCAUAGAUCUGCUAAGUCAAGGAUUCCCCUGUUUUGAGAACCCUUACCCAAUGGAUCUUCAUGAAUCUGCUGUUACCUGUUGUACUUAUCUGGCUGACUGCCCCAGUGACCUGAUACCUGCGUUCUACUCUGUCGGAUCACGCACACAGAAGAGGACAGGCUUUAGUGAGAGAGAGUGGCCGAUAUCCGGGGGAGAAUGGAGUCCUACAUCCUGUAGCUACAAUGAGAUCAUCCUCACCGGGCAUGCUGAUGGUAGUAUCAAGUUUUGGGACGCUUCUGCUGGCACCUUACAAGUGUUGUACAAACUGAAAACCAGUAAGGUGUUUGAGAAGCCCCGGACAAAGUCGGUGGAUGGGUCGGCAGAGGAGGACCCGUUUGCGAUACAACUCAUCUCGCUGUGCCCCGAGAGUCGUAAGCUGUGCAUCGCCGGAGCCAGCAGCUACGUCAUACUGUUCAAGUUCCGCAAACUGGAGUCUGUCGGCGACACGUGUACACUGGAGAUUCCUGUAGUCUACGAAGUCAGUGAGGAACCCGAAGUCUCACCCGAAUGUGAAUACCCGCCCAAACCUAGCCUCACUGACCCGGACAAUAAGAAGUCAUCCCUGGAGUACACACUACCUGUGAAAGUCAAGCCAGGCCCUAUCAAGAAGCCGCCGGGAUUCCAAGCACACCUGGUGUGUAUCACCCCUGUUGCCAACGGAGACUCUCCCAGCAGCAUAACAGCCCUGUGUAUCAAUUCUUCAUACGGACUGAUGGCGUACGGCAAUGAAGUAGGCUUGGUGGUUGUGGAUAUCGUCCAAAAGUGUUGCCUUCUGAGCAUCGGCACACCAGACCUGUACGGCAACGCGGAUCCGUACCAACGAGUGCCGCGGUCGCCCAAACGUAACCCUCUGUGCGAGGGCGACGGAGAGCGGUGUCGAUCACCGAGCAUCGACCAGGUCAUAGACUAUGAGGAGCUGGACAGAUUGGUCAUCAGUCCCGGGCUGUACUCGGCUCAAGUCUCACCCAACCCGGACACAGACGUCGAGACUGCGGAGGACGCUUUCUGUCUCGACGAAGCAGACCAUCCGUCCAAGGACCGCAGAAGUAGUUCCUCGUGGAAGGGUUUCAGUCUGAAAAAACAGUUGAGCCGAGUAGACAUGAAACUGAAACACACUUUUUCCGCGCCUCCAGAAAAAACAGGGAAGAGAAAUUCCGUUUUUUACUCCGGUUCGAAUGCGGUUUCCCCAGCAGAGAAUUCGGGGAGUAAUUCCCCCGAGUACCCCAACAGUCCGGAGCCGGAGAGUGAGGACUUGCCUUCUAUAGUACUCAUCAAGGAGGCGGAGUCCGAGGAUGUGGUGGAGGGGGGUAGUGCCGUGAGACCUACGGAACUGCAACUGUUCGACCACCAGGGUAAACCGAUUAGACCCCCGAGAAAGGACAGAAAGAGGGUGUCAGUAGAUCAGAAGACUCCCAAUAGGAGUGACACGAGACUGUUAUCUGUGCCCAAUAUCAAGUACAGCAAUCAACAAGGCCUGCGCGACCUGCGACGCAAGGAGGCCAUGAAACUGUCCAACCACAAUAACCAAGCGUUCGGAAACAUCAAACGUAAGAUCAACAAGCUGGACAGUUCUUUUUCUCGAUCUCGGAGCUCCAGCAUGUCAAGUCUAGAGAACAUAAGUUCCGAAGCUAUCCAGUGCCUCUCUUUUGCUGAUUCCUACACGAAAAAGUCAGAAGCCAGUACCUUCCCGACACUGUGGGUCGGUACCAGUCUCGGCUCCGUACUGACCGUGAUGCUGAAUGUCCCGGCACCGGGCGAGACCCGGUUGUCGCAACCGGUCGCAGUCUCACCCUGUGGAACCAUCUUCCGGCUCAAGGGGUGCAUCCUCACCAUGUCCUUCUUAGACUGCAACGGAGCUCUCAUCCCCUACUCCUACGAGAGCUGGAAAGACGAAGGCAAGCAAAAUGUUCUAGGAACUCCGACGAGAAGUAGUACAAACAACAGCCGGAUGUCUCCGCCUCUGGGAGGCUCUGAGAUGACGUGUGACAGACAGUUUGUGGUGUUGGUGUCGGAGAAGCAGGCCCGGGUGGUGGCGCUGCCUUCGCAAAACUGUGUCUACCGGCAACAACUCGCCGACACAGACUUUGUUGUCAAAGCUGAGAUCAUCUCGUUAAAAGACAGUGUGUGUUUGGUAUGCUACAUCUCCAGUGGUCACAUCACUGCCUACAGUCUACCGAGCCUGAGACCUCUCAUAGACGUAGACUUCCUACCACUACCGGACCUCAGUUUUCAGACGAGGAAACAGGGAAUUGUAGACCCCAUGUUGUCCAUUUGGGGCCAACAGAUGUUUGUCAAUGAGGACACAGAUCAGAUCGCUCGUACUUUCUGCUUCAGUAACCGAGGACACGGUCUCUUCCUCAGUUCUCCAUCAGAAGUUCAGAAGUUCACGGUGUCUGCAGAGUUCUGUUCUAGUCUGGUGGAGAUGGUAGGAGAACUGUUCCUGCCUCAUGACAUGCCCGAACCUCCGAAACAGAGCUUCUUCCAAGGUCUGUUUGGAGGCGGCUCACGCAACUUGGACAGGGAGGAGCUUUUCGGAGAGUCUAGUGGGAGAGCGUCGCGAAGUGUCGCUAAGCACAUCCCCGGGCCGUCCGCGCAGAUACAGGAGUUGAACCAACGCGCGACCUCGGCCAGCAGCGAGGUGUCUCGCGCACACCAGCUGAUGGUGGAGCGAGGCGCAAAGCUCGGACAGCUGGAGGAGCGCACAGAGCGCAUGAUGGGCGAGGCAGAGAACUUCCAGACCUCCGCGCACAGUCUCAUGCUCAAAUACAAGGACAAAAAGUGGUACCAACUUUGAACGCUGCAGACCUAAAUUUAUACACUAACAACUUAAGAAAAGAGUUCUAUUUAUAACGUAGGAUAGACGAAGGCAAUUUGUAUGUACAUUGUGCCUCUGUACUCUAAUGUAGGUCGAUACCGAUAUGCUAACCACCCCGAGCUUUAAUAUUUUUAUAGUUUCAACAAGAAAUCCUACAGUAUUUUAUAUACCCUAUGGACUCAGAUGUAUCGUGUGUCUGGAACAUGUCUUUUGUAAAGUUUUGUUAGAUGUAGUGGUUGUGUGUGUGUUUGUCCAGAACUAAAAGUUAGACAUUGCUGAAAAUAUCUUAACAUUUUAACUUUAUAUAAUUAUAUCGCUUCUAAACAACAAGUAUUGGGUAAAAUGCUUGUGUUUUUAGAAGUAGUAAUCAUUUAAUAUACACUUCAAGAGUAAACCAGUAUUUAAUCUUUUUGCAUAAAUCAGCUCAAUUUCAUAAAAUGAAGAAUAAGUUUUAGCCAUUUAUGGUCGAAUCGGAAUGUAAAAUUUUGCAUUUUCCUUUUCCUUGAUUGUGUAACCUAUCGUGAACAAUGUAAAUUUUUAUUUACAAAGCUUGAUAAUGUUAAUGCUUAGCAAUAUUUUUUUUCUUUUUAAAGUGUUAUCUUUUAUCUUGGUAAAGUAUUUUUUGUGAGUGGCAGGAACCACUUUUUCAGUUGUCAACCUUGAUUUUGUCAAAAACUAAUGUACACAAAUCUCUAGUUUUGUCUUACCAACUGUAAGUGGCACACAUACAACCACUACACCAGUGUUCAGAGAUGCAGGUUGUCUCUUAUUAAUUUAUAUUUCAACUGUUUACAUUCUGUUCGGCUGUGCUUGGGCUACAUUUAGCAUUUCAUUUCCAUUUCUGGUCGUACACUUUGCUGACCGUGUAUCUAUGUAUAUAAGACCCACAAAUCUCGUACUUACGCUAUACAUUGUGAUACCUUGGUCAUGAUUGUUAUCGUAUUGUUAGAUGCAGAUUAUAUUGUUUGUUGAAGGCUGUUGCAUUUGUUGUAUUUUUUAUUGUUAUUGUAGCGAUGUUUAGAAGCAGUAUUCUUUUAUUUUGUGUAAUAUACCAAAAAUAAAAAGCGGUUAAUGUUUUUUGUGUGUACAUACUACGGUGUUGCAAUGACUCCUUGUAUUUACGUGUACGGUUCCCGAAGGGACGAAGCUCAUUGCAUGAUCUUCCUGUAGAGGUCUAGUGUUGCUUAUCCUUAAGUACGUUCACAUAUUGAUCAAUUAGAUACUGUUUGAUAUUGAUAGUGUAACGGUUUUUCCUGAUUUGGUUGAUGUUAAACUUUGGGUAGUGUUGUUUUUGUAUGAUAAUAUUACGUGAGUUUUAUUGUUUUUUGUAUGGUUCAAAAUGUGUUUAUACUUUUAGCCUAAAUAGGUUGGUUCUAUUUACUCUAAUCUGUGAAUCUCCUAUCUUUGUUCUACUAUUUGUUAAGUUUUUUAAUUAUUAUUAUUGUAGUUACUAGUGAUAAAUUAGUUCAAAUGAGUUACAAUUAUAUAUUACUUACCAUUUAUUACAGGUUUUAUUGUUUGUGAUAUAUUUUUGUCUUAUAAACAUAGUCAUCCUUUCUUGCCAUAAAGGGAUGAGCCUAAUAUAUGAACAUUAUAGUUUAUUUAACUUUUAUCUUAAUAUAUGGAUUUCUUGUUUUAUCUUGGUCAAAGUUUACAUCAACCAGAUUAAAUUUUAAAAGGCACCAAAAAUAAAUAUAACUAAAGAAAACCAUUUAGACAUUUAAAGUUAUUGUUAAAAUAUAUUUACUAUAAAAAAACUAAUCAAAAGUGUUAAGAUAUUAAAAUAUAAUUGUAAUCUAUUGUCUUGAAAGCAAUAAGAUUUUGUUAUUUAAAUAAGAAUGUUAAAUUUAAUUUAACCACGGCCUAUAAAAGAGCCAAUCUUAUUUUGUAAUAUUUGUUUUUUAUUAUGAGAGAGUAUAGUUAGAUCUAAAUAAAUAUAGCUCUUUGCCUGUUAAUUCAUUUGAAUGUUGACAUCAGACAAAAAUAAUUCUUUAAAAGUUCACUACACUGUACUAUAAAAAUAAUAUUUUAAUGUUUGCUAUAAUUUGUUACAUAAAGAAAUCAUAAAACACUGUAAAAGAUCAAUUUAAAAAUUAUGUACUUAUAAAACAAUAAAUGUAUGACAACAUUAUUGUCGCUAUGAAUAAACUUUCCAAUAUAAAUAUCACACUCCCUAGUGGAAGUAUCACUAAGCAAUCAUUAAAAAAUUAAGUGAUAUCACUAAAAAUCCUAUUGAUUUUUAAUGAUAUCAUUAGACAUCAUUUAAUAACAUCAUCUAACCAAACAAACCUAGUGAUGUAACUAGAUUUGUUUUUAAUGAUAUCACUAAAGAUCAGUAUAGUCAUUAGAAAUAACUAGGAUUAAAUUGUUAAUCAUUAGGUUUCUACUGACAUCACUAUAAUCAUCAAGCCAGUCACUACAAGUCAUUAGAGAAUUUAGUGAUAUAAACUUAAAAUCACUACAAUUGUUAGUUAAAUGUGAAAGAUUCAAAACUGACUGUUGGGUAUAGCCAAGCAAACUCAAUAUGAUGUAAUACAAUAAUUUAUUUCCUUAUAUUUAAAUUUGAAUGUAUAUUAGUGUUACAAGGUACAUUGAUCUGAGCUUAAAAACCCCUUUUGAUGCUUUGUCAAAGAAAGUAGAAAAAUUGGGAAUGUUAUUUAAGUUAUAUGAGGUGAACUUUAAA